AUGUCUUCCAAUCAACCGGUUGAUGUCUUCGAUUUUCAACAAAAUCCAAUUUUCUACGAAAUUCAGCCUUCAAUUGAACUAUUUGCUGAGGAAAGUUACCAGAAAAAUGAAAAUAUUCCCUCGUCUUCAAACGGCCCAGUUGUUCGAUACAUUGACCCAAGAAUGAUCUAUAAAUGCAAUGUCUGUCAUAAAACAUUCACAGAAUUCAAAGGUCUAAAGCAACACGCAGUAGUUCACACAGGAGAUCGACCAUUCAAAUGUAACAUUUGUUUGAAACAUUUUCGAUUUAAGUCGAAUUUGUUCGAACAUCAAUCGAUACACACUGACGUGACACCAUAUCAAUGUUCGUAUUGUGGGAAGGCGUGCCGGCUGAAAGGGAAUCUCAAAAAGCAUCUUCGUGUGCAUGUAACAUCGAAAGAAGAAUUGGAAGCUGCCUAUAAACCGUUUUCCGCCAAAAAAUCAACGAAGAAAUAUAAAGCAGAGCAGAGAAGAUAUUGGGCAGAGGAUUGUCCCACGAUUUUCCAAGAAAACGAACGAAACGAUCAACAAUUUACAGAUUUCACUGAAUUAAACCGAGAACUCGAAAAAUCGAUAGAGCGAGCUAAAACUUCAGAGAACGAUGCAGCUUCUUUUAAGAGAAGUAUUGAAAUGGAAAAUAAUUAUAUUGAGAGUUCAAUAAUUCAUAAUCCGGCGGUCAGAACUUGGUCCGAUCUCAUGGAAAUCGCAAAAUUUAUAUUUUUCGAAGAGUGA